GGCAGUGAGUGAGAUCAUUGAAACAGCUCCCCUCUCACACAGCGUUACUACCCCUAGAGCUGUGUACAUUUUAAGUCACCUGCGAACUGCAACAAUAAUGCAGCAUGAGUCGCGCAACAUGAAUCGCCAGCAGGACGCCAAGGGAGUAAUCUUGACCGGGUAUUUUAGCAAUAGUGAAGUUUCACCUCCCGCCUCAGUUGUCAAUAAUGCCGAAGAGAUCGAGUCUUCAUCGUUGAGGACAGGCCUCUACAGUGUCCAGAGCCGGCCCAAAAAUGCCUCAGGAAAGCCCCCAUACCACUGCUGUAACUCCCGGGACUCACUGGACGAGCUGUUCAUGGAUGAAUACUGGACAGAGGUGGAGAACAUCACCCUUAGCGGCGAGGGAAAGGGGGAUGCAGAGCCACAGGAGGUGGUGCAGCUGAAGUUGCCUGAUGAGGGGGAACAGGAGAAGGCAUGGCUGACUGAGGCAGGGCUGGCCCCUCUGUUUGACGAGUCGGCGUCGGACCCCGAGGACAUGAUGGGGCUGUUGUUCACACUGACGCGCACACAGGCUGCAGCCGUAGAGAAACGUUUUGAAACCAUCAGGAAGAGGAACAAGCAGCACCACAUACCUGACGUCAGAGACAUCUUCAAACUCCCAGGCACACUGGAGUCAAAGGAGGAUGAAGCAAAGUCAACAGAGAAAAAAACAGAAAACAGAAAAAUUAAUAUUACGACAGAUGGUCAGGUGGUGGGGCAGGGGAAUGGGGCUGGCCCUUCUGAGCAGAGUGUGUCUGAACCUGAGACUGACAUCAACCUAGAGCUGUCCUUCUCUGAUCAGGCCCUCAGCUAUAAGGAGGACUCAAAGGCCAGCAGUGAGGCUCUGACGGACACAGACGAUAAGCUACCUAACUUCAAGCUAAGCAGAGACAAGACUGGGCUGACCAAGAUGGGGGACCUGUCCCCUCAGGAUAUGAAGAAGGUGCACCGCCUGGUACUGAUAGAGAUGACCGCUCUGUUUGACACGGCAGGCAUCGACCUCAAGGCCCACAAAGCCGUCAAACUCAAGGUCAAAGAGUCUGGCCUGUUUGGAGUUCCCCUGGCCGCCCUAUUGGAGCAGGACCAGAGGAGACAGCCAGGGACCAAGGUGCCAAUCAUACUGCAGAGGCUGAUCUUUCACAUAGAGGAGGAAGGUCUGGACACAGAGUGGCUUCUACGGAUACCCGGAUCAGCCACAAGAGUCAAGGCGGUGCAUGUGGAGCUGGAGGGGAAGUUCUAUGAGGGCCUGUUCUCAUGGGAGAGUCUGAAGCAGCACGAUGCAGCCAGCCUGCUCAAGCUCUUCAUCAGGGAGCUGCCCCACCCACUGCUCACUGUGGAGUACCUCAUUGCUUUCAUGGCAGUGCUCAAACUGCCCACUAAGACGCAACAGCUACAGGCUCUCAACUUAGUGGUUCUGCUACUUCCAGAGUCCAGCCGUGAUGUACUGAAGGCGCUGAUGGAGUUCCUUCAGAGGGUCAUAGAUCACAAAGAGCAGAACAAGAUGACCUUGAACAACGUUGCCGUGGUGAUGGCUCCAAACAUAUUCAUGUUUAAAGGCUUCCGCAACAAGAUCAGUAUGCAGCAGGAAUUAUCCAUGGCCACAGAGACCGCCAACAUCGUCCGACUGCUCAUCCGAUACCAAAACCUGCUCUGGACGAUUCCUAAAUUCAUAAUGAACCAAGUCAGGAAACAAAACACGGAGAACCAGAAGAAAAUUAGCAAAGAGCAUGCCAUGAGGAAACUCUUAAAGAAGAUUGCUUAUGACCGAGAGAAACCCGAAAAACAGGAGAAACCCCCCUCAGAGGCGGACAGUAGUUCUCAGGGCUUCAUCAGGGUCCAGGCCCCUCAGUUCUCUAAGGUCUCCAUGGCUGUCCAGUUGACUGAAGAGCUGCAGGCGUCUGACGUCCUCAGUCACUUCCUCAGCCAGAAGAGCUCUGUGUCUGUGAAGAGAGAAGACCUGUGCCUUUAUGAAAUAGGGGGCAAUAUCAAGGAGCGCUGUCUGGAUGAGGAUACCUAUAUGAAAGACCUGUUGGAGCUGAACCCCAGUGCAAAGUGGGUCAUCAAGUGGGUCAUCCAGAGAUAGGAUACUCACACCCUGCCAGCCAUGUCUUAAAUGUCCAAUGCAGCCAUUUUUAUCUCAAUAUCAAAUAAUUUCUGGGUAACAAAUAAAGUACCUUACUGUGAUUGUUUUCUAUUAAAAUGGUAAAAAUGAAACAAAAAUAGCUUAUUUGCAAAGGGCAAUUUCUCAAGCAUGAAUUUUGAUAGGACUGUCGGGUCUGAGUGAGGGGCCUGAUUGCACGAGCCUAAUGGGAGGGAUAUGUAACCUGAUAACUAGCUGUUAUUGGCAGAGAGGUUGCUAGGCAGGCCUCACUCCAUCCCAUUGAAACAGGCUGAAAUUUCAGGCGGUCUUUUCAAACGGCUCUUGCACUAAAAGGGCAUUAUCAUAAUUUUUACAAUUUCACAGACUUUUUCCAACCUCAUAGUGUGGAAAUAUACAUUCACUGUACAGUUUAUUAGGUACACCCAUCUAGUACCUGGAAGGAACCCCCCUUUGCUUCCAGAAAAGCCUGAAUUCUUUGUGGCGUGGUUUCUACAAAAUGUGGCGUUCAAACAUUGCUCAAUUGGUAUCAUGGGUCCUAAUGUGUGCCAGGAAAACAUUCACCACACCAUUACACCACCGGCACCAGCCUGUACCGUUGACACCAGACAGGAUUGGUCCAUGGACUUAAUGCUGCUAAUGCUAAAUCCUGAUUCUGCCAUCAGCAUGAUGCAACCGGAACCGGGAUUCGUCAGAGCAGGCAAUGUUUUUCCACUCCUCAAUUGUCCACCUGAACCACUUUAUGUUUUUAGCUGAUAGGUGUGGAACCUGAUGUGGUCGUCUGCUGCAAUAGCCCAUCCGUGACAAUGAUCGACGAGUUGUGAGUUCCGAGAUGGCGUUCUGCACACCACUGUUGUACUGCACUGUUAUUUGCCUAUUUGUGGCCCGUCUGCUUGCGCGAUUCUUGCCAUUCUCCUUCUCCAUUCUCCUCUCUCAUCAAUGAGCUGUUUUCGCCCAUAGGACUCCCUAGACACUGUCGUGCGUGAAAAGCCCAGGAGGCCGGCCAUUUCUGAGAUACUGGAAUCGGUGCGCCUGACACCGAUGAUCAUACCAUGCUCAAAGUCCCUUAGCUCACAAAUAUUUCCCACCCUAACGUUCAAUUGAACGCCUCGAUGACUUUCUGCCUGCUUUAUAUAGCAAGCCACGGCCACGUGUCUAAUUGUCUAUUGGUGCGAUGCAUCUUUGUGAACGGGGUAUUGUACCUAAUAAACUGUAUAUACAGUGUAUAUACAACAUAGGAAUAUCACGUUUUUGAGUGCACUGGGCCUUUAAAGGAUAACGGACGUGGGUAACAUUAAAGCUGACCACUGGACCCAGCAGGACAGGUAUUACAGAAGUGUUAAAGUUGUUUUCCUUUGGUGCUGUAGUUUAGAAUACAGUUUAAGUAGAUGUAUGCGGUGUGUUAGGUCCACAUGUGUACAGGGUAUUUACUGUUUGGGAUAAAGCGCUCCCCUGAUUGACAUGUAUGCUACUGGAAGUCCAACUUCCAAGAGCUUGAGGAGUUGAGGAGAGCCAAUGAACUAUAAUCUGUGGUGGUAUUGAUCAAUACAGUAAAUGCCCCAAACCAAGAAAACAACAGUUGAGGAAACAGUAUAUUGUAAUGGAUUGCUCUAAAAAUGACAACGACAAUGUUUUUACAUUCAAUGAUAGACAUUUAUGACAUAAUUUAAUUACUCAUAGGAUAUUCUCUAUUGUAAGAUUGGGGAGGCAUACAGGCCUCCCCAAACUACCAGGGUCAAUUCUAUUCUAUUUCAGUUUCAGUCAAUUCAGGAAGUACCCUGACAUUCCAAUUCUCUUCAAUGCUUUUCAAUUGGGAAGAAUUAGGAUUGGAAUUUGGUUUACUUUCUUAAUUGACUAGAAUUUAAAUGGAAUUGACCUCAACCCUGCUAGCUAAAAUUGUGUUCAUAUGAAUAUAUGUUGGGUAGAUGUGUUGGGUAGAACCGGUUCUCAAGCUGUGGUCCUAAGCUAGCAUUCCAGGUUGCUUCCUAAUAACAUUAACAUGUGUAGUUCUCAAAAGGUACUUUCGAUGGCGGGAUCAGUUUUGAAUAAUGCAAUGUAUGUCCGAUCAUUUCAAUUUAGAAAACAUGAAUAACAUUAUUUCAGAUAUGUACUGUAUUUUAUACACUCUACCUGCCCUUAUGUUGUUCUUGAUACUGUGAAUAUGACUUGAAAGAUGUUCCAUUUGAUGUUGUAUACUGUAUGUUAUACUGCUUCUGAAAUGACCACUAAACUUUUUGUAAAUAAAUGUGUAAUUGCUCCUA